CGCCAAAGGAGCUAUUACCUCGCGAUUGUAAUGAUAUCUUACACAGUUGGCAUGACAGCAGGACGAAUUGUUGGUGGCGCUGUUGUCGAUUCUGGAUCCUGGAGAUGGGUCUUCUGGCUGAACGUACCAAUUGGCGACGUCGCAUUGCUAGUCCUCUUCAUGUACCUGCACGUCGGCUAU